AAUGGUCUCGGUCUGUACUUUCCCAUAAACUUUUUCCAAAAAUGAGUAAGAAAUUCCAAAGACUCGAUGGACAUGGCAUCUCCCUACCCAUUCAUAUCCGCCCCUCGGAAUGCACAAACGUAAGUCCAAUUCGAGGCGCACUCUGAAUAAAGAAAUGAUCAGGAGUAUCCACACCAUUAAAACAGGGGCUUCUCCAUUUCACAGGUUGAAGCCCCACCCUUUCUCUCUACCACACCCAUUCAUUCAAAGCCACACAUCUCACUUGGGUCCUCCUCUAUUAAACCCCAAAUCUCUAUCUCGAAGCAGACGUUAUUUCAGGGCUCUUCAGAUGUCUACACAUCUCUCUCCCUCCAAUUCAGAUUCUGGGGUCUCUUCUUCUUCUUCAUCUUUGCCAUCAAUGGUACACAAGCCUAAUAUUGGCUUUUGUCAGUCUUGUGGAGGUCCAACCAAGCAUGUUAUACCCGAAGGAGAGGAGCGGAUGAGGGCUGUAUGCACAGUAUGUGAGAAAGUUCAUUAUGAGAAUCCAAAAAUGGUAGUUGGUUGCCUGGUUGAACACAACAGUAAGGUUUUGCUCUGCAAAAGGAAAAUACAACCAUCAUAUGGGCUCUGGACUCUUCCAGCAGGCUUCAUGGAAGUUGGUGAGUCGGCAGCGGAAGGUGCAGCAAGGGAAACCUUUGAAGAAGCAUGUGCUGAUGUGGAAGUUAUAUCUCCAUUUGCUCAGUUGGAUAUUCCUCUUAUUGGUCAAAGCUAUAUAAUUUUCCGGGCUAAAUUGAAGAAUCCCCACUUUGCCCCAGGACCUGAGUCCCUUGAAUGUGCUCUGUUUGGAUUUGAUGAGAUACCUUUUGACUCAUUAGCAUUUUCCUCAGUUUUGGUUACUUUGCAAAUGUAUAUUGAGGACGUCCGGGCUGGAAAACUCAGAUCUCACUACUGUACCAUUACAAAAAAGCCAGGUGCAAGCCCAUCAGAUACAAUGGGUUUCAUCAUGAGCAACCACCUGUGCGUUUGAGUUUGUGUUCUGUUCACCAUCCUAAAGCAUCGGGAAAGGAGGUCUCACUAUGUCUCUGUGGUUUGAGGUGAAUUGUUGUAACAAAAGGUGGCUGAGUCAAUUAGGCUUCUUUUGUUUUCUUGUUCACAGGGCUUUGUUCCCCCAUUCUUCUUCAAUCAAUAUUGAAAAAUUUAGUUUGUAAAACUUAA